AUGGCAGAAAAGCUUGUUUUGUUGCACAUAUUGCCUAGCCCGUUCGCUGCAAAGGUGAGAAUUGGCUUAGCCGAGAAAGGCGUGGAAUACGAGAGCUUCGAAGAGGAUUUGAGUAACAAAAGUCAAUUGUUGCUCACGGUGAACCCCAUUUACAAACAAAUUCCCGUUCUUAUCCACAAUGGAAUACCUAUCUCCGAUUCUUCUAUCAUUCUAGAGUACAUCGAUGAGGUAUGGACAGAAAAUUCUCACAUCUUCCCAUCCGAUCCUUAUCUACGAGCCAACGCUAGGUUUUGGGUUGAUUACAUCUCCAAAAAUAUAUUCGAAAGAUCGCGUGACUUUGUGGUGAAGAGUACAGGAGAAACUCAAGAAGCGGAAAAGAAAGAGCUGGUGAAGCGCUAUAAGGUGUUGGAAGGGGAGCUCGGGAACAAAACCUAUUUUGGCGGAGAAAGUUUCGAAGCUGUUGAUAUGGCGUUGAUUCCUUUUUCCGGGUGGUUUCUUUCAUAUGAGAAGACGGGACUAAACAUUAAGGAUGAGUGCCCUAAGAUUGUGGAAUGGGCUGAAAGGUGCCUGAAAAGGGAGAGUGUUUCCAAGUCUCUUGCUCCUCCACAGUUGAUAUAUGAAGUCUUAAUGAACGUAAGGAAGCAAUAUUUUCAGGACAAGUGA